AUGUUCUGGACGGUUCCCGUUACACUGGCUCUCGCCUCCGGGGCCUCUGCCCAUGUUGCCGCCUUCGUGAAGGGCAUGUACUGCGAGGGUGGCCCCGACCCUAACAACUACAACCCCAACUCCAACACUCCCGUCAACCCUCUCUGGGAUCUUCCUUUCGAGCAGUGGUGGAUGCAGGCCGACCGUGGCUGCAACAAGGCUCCUCCUCCUGACGGUGCCUCCGUUGCUCUGCCUGCCGGCGGCCAGUUCACUGUUGAGCUCGCCCACAACCAGGCCCAGACGACCUUAUCCUUCAAUGGACAGUUCGCUGGCGAGUGGCCUGAUGGCCAGCCUCACCCAGAGAACUGGAGCGGCCCCGGUAGCCCCCCUGACUGCAUCCAGGACGACGGUGCCAUGCAUACCAACAACCAGACAAUGGCCGCUGGUACCGCUUGGGCCAUUUCCUACAAUGACGACAUCUCCAAGGUGACCAUGGACAACCUGGUUGUUUUCUCUGUCCUUGAGCACACCCCUUGGAAGCGCAUCGCCACCUAUGAUGUCCCCAAGGAUCUCCCUGCUUGCCCUGCUGGCGGCUGCUACUGCGCCUGGCUUUGGGUUCCCAACGGGUGCGGCGAGCCCAACAUGUACAUGGCCAACUACAGGUGCCAUGUCACCAACACCACCUCGACCAAGCAGCUUGCUCAAGCCAAGCCCCCCACCUGGUGUGGCGGUGACUCUUCCAAGUGCACCAAGGGCGCUAAGCAGAUGAUUGCUUGGAACCAGGCCACAGGCAACAAUGUCCAAGUUCCCAAUGGCGCUUCCCCCGGCUACAACAUCAACAUGGGCUGGGCUCCCGGUGCUCAGAACGACAUCUUCGCGUAG